GGUACUGCUGCAAUCCCUCUGGGAUAGUCCUCUGUUUACUACCUUGACAGAGUACAAGAGGGAAGUCCUUUAGUUGAAGCUGUGCAUCCAAGAAGAGCUCAGGGGCCACAAAUUCACACUUUGAUAUAGCUAUAAAACAUCACCGGCACAUCCAACAAUGGGUAACUCCAAGAGCGGUGCUGUUUCCAAGGAGAUCCUGGAGGACCUGAAACUCAACACCAAGUUCUCAGAGACUGAGAUUGCCCAGUGGUAUGAAAACUUCAAGAGGCAGUGUCCAACGGGGCGCAUCACGAAAGAAGAGUUCCAGUCUAUCUACAGCAAGUUCUUCCCAGAAAGUGAUGCACAAACAUAUGCCCAGCACGUCUUCCGCUCCUUCGACACAAACGACGAUGGCACACUUGACUUCAAGGAGUACAUCAUCGCUCUCCACAUGACGUCAACAGGGAAGACCACCAGGAAACUGGAAUGGGCCUUCUCCCUGUUUGACGUGGACAAGAACGGAUACAUCACCAAGUCAGAGGUCAAGGAAAUCUGCACGGCGAUCUUCAAGCUAAUUCCUAAAGAUGAGUUGUCUGCUCUGCCUGAUGAUGAAAACACAGCUGAGAAGAGGGCAGAUAAACUCUGGAGCUUCUUUGACAAGGGUGAAAAUGAACGAGUGGCAGAAGGAGAGUUUAUCCAGGGAGUGUUGGACAAUGAGGAAGCUCUACGUUUGAUUCAGUAUGAGCCUGCAAAGUAACUCUUGUACUGAUUUUUUGUGUCUCUCAUCAGUCUUGUAUUAUCAACUUUACCGUUCACUCUGCUAAUGCAGGGACACUUGACAGCACCUUCACAAAAUGUGAACACAUAGCAGGUGUGACAAUAACACCCUGUUGCAAAACAUUAUCAGCAGCCAUAUCCAAAUUUGAAAUGAAGUCCUAGUUGACUGCUGUCUGUCUACCAUUUUAUAUUCCCAUGUGACCUUACAUUUUCCCACAACUAAAUAAAAUGUGAGUAUGCUUCUGCUUUUCUUUUCUGCUCAGAUUAGCCCUGUGGUUCUCAAAUGGGGCCCCAUAGUCCCACUGCAUAAGGCUUAUGGAUAAACCAAGGGGAAAAUAUGGAGUGCAAAACAAGUCGAAUGAAUAUGAUUAAUGUCGGGAAAAUAAACAAUCAAAAGUUUUCCGAUGCCAUCGUGCUGACCUUUAUUACACUGAAACUCAACAGUGUUUUGCAGCCUUGUCAUCAGGAUAUAAUGUUGACAGUUUCUGCAAAACACUGAGGUUAAGAGGGCUGUAAUAAACCUGGCAGGUCACGUUCAAAUGAUAUGCUCAUUAACCACUUUUCUUAUAAGGAGUUGGAGGGGAUGGUGGUGGCGUUACAAGCCAACAGAGCUGCCGAACAGCCGACCACAGUUUGAGUCACAGUUUGAGUGGAUAUUCUUAAGGUCACCUGGUCACCUGACGUCUCCAUCUGUGAUCAAGGCCAUCAAAACAGAUAUUUUAAGCCAAACCAGUAUAUUUUCUGACCCUGACCAGGUGGUUUUUGUUCGUUAACCUAACCAGAGCAUUAGCACAAUGUUGUUACAAGAGCGAAACAUAAAAUUCAACCUACAAUUGCAACAUAAACAAACAUUAAGGUUGAAUUUAUCUGUGGUUUUGCAGAAACACACAUGCCUAACAUUUAUUCUGCUGACUGGGUUGCUGUUUUGUUCCUAUCAUUAACAAGUUGUAGUUGUUGGGUUUGGGAAGCAGAAUUGUUUGAGAACCACAAGAUUAAUCUCUUCAGUGAAGUUGUGGUAGAUGAAGCACAUUCAGUGCUUUUAAAACUGUCAGUGUGUAGUUUACAUCAAAUCAUAUACUUGUGUUUUAGCAACUCAAGCGCACCUUAUGAAAGAAUAUAUCAUGUGCUUUAGUUGAAGUAUCAUCACCACAAUGUAUCUUGUUUUUUUUCUCUACUGGGCAGCCAAUGCUGCUCUCUCAUUUUAUCUUGACAUGUAAGUGCAGUAAUUGAACCUCAGCCCCUGUUAUUGUCUAAUUUUAUGUCUUCCAAAGUGAUUAAUUCAUCCAAGUGGGAAAAUCCUACAUGUUUGCUUUUCUAGUUAAGUGGUGCAUAUUGAA